AUGGCUCCCAUCCUACUGACCAGGGUAUGCCGACGAUGGAGGGAGGUUGCUGUGGAUAUGCCAAGUCUAUGGUGCAGACUGUCUAUCAAAGUCUUUCUCAAAGAUUGGCAGCACAACGCUUUCUGCUAUGACACAUGGCUCAAGCGUUCACGAGGACGUCCGCUCUCGUUGGCGCUUCAGUGGCAGGAGCAUGUCUUAACGGAGCUACAAAGCCUUCUUCAACCAUACCUCAAGCACGUUUCGUCUCUCUCUAUCCUAUCUUUGGAAAACGCCGAGAAACCUGCACUCGUGUUAAGAAACCUCUCAGAACUGCAGCAGCUGACCAUAAGGAUGGUUGGUCCUUUUGAGCCAGCCCUUACACAAUUCUUCCCAUGCAUGCCCUCCACUCUCCGUAAUCUAGAGGAUCAACAUAUACAACUCAAUUGCAUGCCUUCGUUUGCUCCAACUUGCUCCCAACCUCUCCUCGUUAAGCAUUGGUAUAUCGUUCUUCGAAAUACAGGACUUAACACCGUUCACACACACCAAACUUCAAUUCUUGCGCAUCAACUAUGCCAUGGGUUCACAAACCAGUUACCUGAUUUUUUCAACGCCCUCUCAUUCCCCAAUUUACGCAUACUCGAUGCUCCAAUGUACCAGGAUGGCUUCGAGGAGUUGAAAGCAUUAUUGGCGCGGUCAAAUUCUCCCUUGGAGAGGCUGGUUCUUCGUGUCGGAGUGAUGGCGGACGAGCAGCAAGCAGAAUAUGGCGCCCUCAUUUCUUCCCUUGGACCGUUAGUUAACUUGCAGGCGACUCAAAAUUUGUUACACAUCUCGCAGUGA